AUGCCUUCUCAAAGUAAACCCUUCACCUCUUGCUCGAGAUGCAGCCAAACAUUCAAAUGCGAUAGACCCUUGAACCAAGACUCCUUCCGAAUCUUUACACUUGAUGCUGGAGAAGGGAGCGAUGAGCUCCAAGGUACUCUUCAGACAUACCCACUCGAUGCAGCUCCCAAGUAUGAGGCUCUCAGCUAUGUGUGGGGACCUCCCAAUCGAACCAAGACAAUCAAGUGCAACGGCCAAGACUUCACUAUCACUGAUGGCCUUGAGGCGGCCCUGAGAAGGCUGAGACUCCCCGGAAAGUCGCGUCACAUAUGGAUCGAUCAAAUAUGCAUAGACCAAGACUCUAUAACAGAGCGGUCAGAGCAGGUCAGCAUCAUGAGGCAUAUCUACUCCAAUGCGGAAAUCGUCAAUGCAUGGCUUGGUCCUGCUGAUCCAGAGGUAGCAUCUUCUGCAGCUGGAAUCAUUACAACCCUGGCAAACUCGAAACCUCGCCUUUAUGAAAAAGAUGUUUUCCCCGAGGAUCAAGAAUUGCUCGACCUCGGCCUGCCAACCCGAGAUUCACCGGACUGGGACGCCUUAAACUCAAUGCUCGCAGUACCAUACUUCUCCAGAGUCUGGAUCAUACAAGAAGUGGCAGUCGCUUCAGACUUCGCACUACUUUGGGGAGACAUUACCAUCUCGAAAAGCGAGUUCAAGAAGUUCAGAUUGGCCGCUCUCUACUACAAACUCUCCGACGUAGACGUCGAAAAUGGCUCACCAGGAGUGCUGUGGAACGCAGUCGCCCUCUUGUACAUGGGACACUACAAAGUUGGGGACGACAGUCUCUUGCACCUAGUCUCGUCGACAUCAUCAACCAACGCAACAGACGCGCGGGACAAGAUCUUUGCGUUGAUUGGACUUGCUGGCGAUAGGUCCUACGGCAUGGUGCCAGACUACAGCAGGAGUGAGACAGAGGUCUUUUCGGAAUUUGCUCGUUUGGUGAUAGUGUCGGAAAAGAACUUGAAUAUUCUCGAUCAUUCAUAUGUGGAGAGUCCUGAAGACCCAGAACGCCGUCCUUUUUGGGCACCGAGAUGGCAGUCUGACGAUGGUUCGCAUAAACACUAUUUGAUCAACUACCAUUUCGCUGCCUCACGAUAUACGCCUAUCUUACUGGUUCCAUCAAUGAGCGAAAAGGUGCUGAACCUCAGAGGCAUCCAGGUCGAUUCAAUCGGAGACGUGCGUGAUAGGGGAAUCGACAUACACCAAGAUAUUCCUGCUGUCGUUGAUAUGAUCACACAUCACACGGAGGUCUUUAGCAAAAGAUACGGCUCAGAUAUCAUCCGAACAGUCCUCCUGACAAUGAUGGCUGGCCAUGAGAGCUCUGGUCCCAUGAUCAACCACGUCAGAACCCGUCCAACCGACGACGCAUAUAUCAAGAAUUUCAUAGCCUUUGCCCUAAAAUUCACGAUUCAAGCUCACAUAUCCCAAGACGGUAGAGAAGUCAAUCAGAGGAGAUGCCUCGAGCUCGUGAGGCUCGCCGCAAAAGGUAUUUCGCUGCCGGCCGAGCCAUGCUGGACAUCACACGAGGACUUUGAAUUCUUGGAAAGAAUGCUCACAACUCUUUAUCCGAAUGAUCCGCCGGUUGUGGCGGCUGAUUUGAACAUGCUUAGCAGGAUCGACUGUGAUUUUGUCGUGGGGCCGCAGCGGUUCGAAGAGUUGAUUCGGACUUCUCACCACAGCAAGAUAUUUGUUACGGAAACAGGCUAUGUGGGUUUCGGACCUCGUUGUAUGAGACCUGGGGAUGUUGUUUGUGUUCUGUUUGGAGGUAGGACGCCAUAUGUCAUACGGCCAACGGCAGCGCCAGAUGAAUACCUAUUUCUUGGGCCAGCUUAUGUACAUGGGCUUAUGGACGGUGAGGCUAUUGAUGCUUGGGAGAAAAGCUAUCGGACUGGAGAGCAAGAGAUUCAGGAUAGGCUGUUCAAACUCUUGUAA